AUGGGUGUACCAAAAUUCUAUCGAUGGGUAUCUGAACGAUAUCCAAAUAUUAGUCGAGUUAUUAAUGAUAAUCAGAUACCUGAUUUUGACAAUUUCUAUUUGGAUAUGAAUGGAAUAAUUCAUGCAUGUUCACAUGUUAAUGAAGAUAAUUGUGAAACAAAUGUAACUGAAGAAGAAAUAUUUCGAAAUAUAUUUCAUUAUAUUGAUUUUCUCUUUCGAAUGAUAAAACCAAAAAAAGUUUUUUUUAUGGCUGUUGAUGGUGUUGCACCAAGAGCUAAAAUGAAUCAACAACGAGCACGACGUUUUCGAGCUGGUCGAGAUCGUAUUAAAAAAUUAAAAACUUUAGCUGAAAAAACGGGUCAAACAUUAAAAGAAACAAUUUCUCAUCAUUUUGAUACAAAUGCAAUAACACCGGGAACAACAUUUAUGGCAAAUCUUGAUGAACAAUUGAAAUAUUUUAUCAAUGUUAAACUUACAACGGAUCCAUUAUGGAGUGGUGUUGAUAUUCAUUUAUCUGGUCAUUUAACACCAGGUGAAGGUGAACAUAAAAUAAUGGAAUAUAUUCGUUAUACACGUUCACAACCAGGAUAUGAUGUUAAUACUAGACAUUGUCUAUAUGGACUUGAUGCUGAUCUAAUCAUGCUUGGUUUAGUUACACAUGAAAUGCAUUUUGCACUUUUACGUGAAGAAGUCAAAUAUGGUCCAAAGAAAAUCUCAAAGAUUCUUACACCAGAAGAAAUCAAUUGGCAUUUAUUACAAUUAUGUUUACUUCGUGAUUAUAUCGAUCUUGAAUUUCGUUCAGUUAAAGAAAAACUCAAAUUUCCAUAUGACCUUGAAAAUAUUGUUGAUGAUUGGAUAUUGAUGGGUUAUUUAGUUGGUAAUGAUUUUAUACCACAUUUACCACAUGUUCAUAUUAAUCAAGAAGCUUUACCACUUCUUUGGGAAGCAUAUAAAAAAGUUUUACCAACACUUGAAGGUUAUAUGAACGAAAAUGGUGAAUUAAAUUUAUCACGUUUUGAAAUUUAUUUAACCGAAUUAUCUAAAUAUGAUUAUGAACAUUUUGAAAAAGAAGGUGAUUCUGGUAAACAAUUAGAUAGAUUAAAUUCAAGAAAUCAAAAAAAAUCUGAACUUGAUAAAGGUCAAAUUCCAAAUUCAGGUUUUAGUAUUGAAAUACUUGAAAAAUUAAUGAUAACAACACCAAUCAAUCCUAAAAAAGAAUCAAAUGGAAAAACUGAAAUUGAUACCAAUGGUCAAUUAAUUGAUAAUUUUAUUGCACAUGAACGAAAAUCACCGAAUAUAUCAUCAUCAUCAUCAUCCGAUGAUGUUCAUCCACCGGUUUAUCCCGAUGCUGAUGAUGAUGGGCCAUCAUCUGAUUCCGAACGAACUAGCGAUAAUAAUAACAAUAAUGAUGAUGAAAUGAAAAAAAUUUUAAGAAUGACAUCAAAUGAAAAACGUGAUUAUAUGUCAACAAUUCAAGCUGAAUUUCGUCAACAUAAAAAUCAUUAUUAUCAAGAUAAAAUGAGAUGUGAAUCAAUGUCAACAGAACAACUUUCACUUUAUGUUCAACAAUAUAUUGAAGCAUUACAAUGGAUAUUAAAAUAUUAUUAUCAAGGUUGUCCAUCAUGGUCAUGGUUUUAUCCACAUCAUUAUGCACCAUAUUUAUCCGAUUUAAAUAAUUUUAAACAUUUUCAAUUUCCAUUUCAACGAGGAACACCAUUUAAACCAUUCGAACAACUUUUAGGUGUUCUUCCUCCAACUAGUCGUUAUUUAUUACCAACUGGUUUACAAUCAUUAAUGAUUGAUGAUGAUAGUCCAAUGUUACAUUUCUAUCCUGAAGAUUUUCAAUUAGAUCAAAAUGAAAAAAAACAAGAUUGGGAAUCGAUUGUUCUUUUACCAUUUAUCGAAGAAGAACUUCUAUUGAAUUCUAUUCAAAAAUAUUAUUUAAAUCUUGAUGCUGAUGAGAAAAUUCGUAAUCAACAUUUACCAUCCUUAUGUUUCAAGUCAACACCAACAUUACAUCCAACUAGUAAUAUAAUUGCUAAUAAUCCAUAUUUUCCACCAUUAAAAGAAACAUGUGCAGUAUGUACUGAAUAUUCACUUGAUUAUUAUCGACCAGAUGGUUUAAUUUUUAAACAUGGACGAUUUGAUGAAGCAAAUAUGAUAUAUUUUCCAAAAUUUCCGGUUCUAAAUGUUUUACCUUAUAAAUUCGAAUUUAAAAAAGGUGUUGUUGAUCUAUUUGAAUCACGAUCAAAAUCAACAACACUUGCAUUAAAUUUAACAUAUCAACCUGAUCCCGAUUGUAUACAAUAUGAUGAUAAAUACGAUCCAAAAGAUAAUGAUAAUAAUCCUUCGGUUCAAAUAACAAAUCGUCAAUUAUUAAUUGAACGUUAUCUUGGUAAACGUAUUUUUGUUAAUUGGCCACAUUUUGAAUAUGGUAUUGUUUGUGCUAUAAGUGAUUUUCGACAUUUUUAUACAUGGUCAAAUAUACCUGGUGGUUCACAUUUUAGUUUUCGUUCAUCAAUAAAUGAUGAUACACAUGAAAAUAAAAAUUAUACUCAAACACCAAUCUAUGUUUCUCGAUAUCCAUUUGAAAUUUCGGAUGAAAAUAUCAAAUCAAUAGCAAUCAAAACUUAUACAUUAGAUUCUAUGCAAUCACAAAUGGAAUAUACCAAAUCAAUUACUAUUAAUCGUCGUUAUGAAAAUCGACAAGGUGUAAUGAUAGGACCAAUACCUUUAUUACUUUAUGUAUGUCCAUUAAUUGGUUAUCGUACAAAAUGUUCAUCAACAUCAGAUAAAUGCCAAACAACAAUGUGUUUUUCAAAUCAAGCUAUGGCUUAUCCAUUACAAACAUCAAUAUCUACAAUAACAAAUUAUAAAUAUGAUUUAUUUCAAUUUCCUCGAACAAUUUAUGAGGGUUUUAAAAAAGAUGAUCCAAUUUUUUCAUUACAAACACCUUAUUAUUCUUGUAUGAGUUAUGUACAACAGAUUAUUAAAGAUAAUAAUGGAAAAUAUACAGUUGAAUGUCGUAUGGAACCAUCAGAUGCAACAAAUCAACCUGAUUUACAUGCACUGUCAAAUAGACUUGAUCGUUUACAAUUAAAUUAUUGGACAGCACAACAAGUUGCUGAAUAUUUACGAACAAUGCCAAAUGUUGUAUCAAAAUUAACAGGAACUAUUAUUAUAACAACUGGAACAGGUCGACGUGAAAAUAUCAAUCGUGUUAAUGUUGGAUUUUCAUGGAAAGCAAAUAAACCUAUUAAACAGCUUUAUGGUUAUACGAAAAAAGAAGAACAAGUAUGGCUUUAUUCAGAUGCUGCUGUACUUAUUAUUUCAGAUUAUAUGUUACAAUUUCCUGAAAUUAUUGCUACAUUAGUAAAAAACCCAAAAGAUGAUACUUAUCCUGAAUUAAAUAUAUGGCCAGCACGAAAAGGACGAUCUCGAUUAGAAGAAGUUCGUACAUGGAUUAAAAAAUUACCUACAUAUUCUGUACCACUUAUGGAUGGUGCUUGGCAAGUAUUAGAUGCACCUGUUAUUAAAGAAAUCGAUCGAUCAACAAAAUCAUAUUUUUCAAAAAAUCCAAUAAAAAAUUCCAAUGAAAAAACUAAAUUAAUUCCUAUCGAAGCCAAUCGAAUAUUUAAACCGAAUGAAUCAUUUGGUAUGUGCGAUCCUGAUAUUGAGACUCGUUAUGAACUCUAUGAUCGCGUUAUAACUGUUCGUCUUGGUACUGGUGUACCACUUGGUACACGAGGUACAAUUAUUGGUAUUAUGCUUGGUCAAACACAUUUAGAUGCUUACUAUGAAGUUUUAUUUGAUAAUUUACCAAAAACAAGUCUUGAUGCUAUUUUACUUGGUGGAAAUAAUCAACAAUGUCGAAUUAAAGUUCGUUCAUAUCAUUUACUUAAUUAUUCUCAUUCACUUCGUAUUCGAUCAAAUACUAAUUAUUCACAAACACGAUCGAUGCCAAAUGAAAAUGCAUGGGAAAAAAGAUUAUUAGAACAACCAUCAACAUCACGCCAAGCACAACAACAACAACAACAGCAACAACCACCACCACCUACACGAAUUCUUAAACGAACUGCAAAUGAGAAUAAUUCAGCAACUACACCAAAAUCUGCACCUGCAGCAACAUCUGCACCAGCAAAACCUAAUUUUAUUGAAGUAAUAAAUUCGACUCUUAAAGAGCAACAGUCGGCAGUGAAUUCUUCAUCUCCAAUAACAACAGAAAAAUCGAAGCCAUCUGAAUCGCCAUCAACAACAAGAUCAUUGUUACCUACAUCAUCAUCUGAACAAAGUUCAGUAUUACUUCCAUCACCGAUUGAUAAACGUCCUGAAUUAGAAAAAAUAUUUUCAUCGGUAAAUUCGGUUUUACCAGUUACAAAUGAACAAACAACAUCUUUAACAACUUUUCCUUCGCAACCAGGGCCAGAAUCUUUAUUUCUUCGUGCCAUUCAAGAAUCAAAACAAGUUCAAAACUUAUCUCAACAACAAUGGGAUACAAUUCCACCACCACCAAUACCAAUCAUACAACAGAAACAUAAUGAAAUACCUAUAUCCGUUCAACAAUCACAGAAGAUUAUUCCAGCAUCACAACAGCAACAGCAAUCUUAUGAUCCGUUUGUACCUCGUCAACAAACGUGGGAGAGUCCACCACGUCAGCAAUUGUCACAAACAUUAUUUGCUCAAGCAAUAGAAAAUAUGACACGUGCACCACCUUCUUCCUUAUUACCUUCUCAAUUCGAACAACAAUCACCAUUGAAUAUCUCAUCACCAUCUCAACAACAACAUCAACAUCAGCAACAACAACAAUCUCUUGCUUUUCUUGAACGUGCAAUUCAACAAUCUAACCAGCAAUUUAAUACAAAUCAAACAUCGUUUGCAAUAUCCAACGGAUCUAUGGAUAUACCACCAUUUCAACCAUUUGAUUUAAAUCUUUCAAAUACAUAUCCUGGCUUUCCAGUUGGACCGCUAAUUACUCCCAAUGUAGUCCAACAACAACACCCACAACCACAAUCUCCGAUGCAAUCAAAUAAUACACGUAUGGGAUCACCUCAAACUAUGUCUAGUCCUCAGACAUCUUAUAAUUCACCACCCUCACAAACACCAACAACACCACAAGUGAAUUCACCUCGUAUGUCAGGUGGCUCAACUCUUCAAUUUGUCCCAUCACAAGUCUUACGUAAUAUGGAUCUUAUUAUGGGUAAAUUAUUUAAAGUAUUAGUUUGGGGAAAAACUGCAGUUGGUAAAACAUCAUUAAUUGAACAAUUAACUUAUGGACGUGUUGAAGAAAAGCCAUAUAGAGAAACAAUUGAAGAUACAUAUUGUAUACAAUAUGAUAAUAGUUUAAAUGAAAAAGAUAUUGUACUUCGUGUACAUGACAUUGGUGGUGUGAAAAAUUCUCCUAGUGAUGAAUUUAGUAAUAUUCGCCAUUUAAUGACUCUUGUUGACGCUCUUAUUCUUGUAUUUGAUAAUCGUUCAAAUGAAUCUUUUGAAUGUUGUAAAGCUAUUAAAGAUAUAAUCGAAAUUAAAACAACAGAUAAAAAUAAAAGAGAAAUUAUACCAAUACUCGUUUUAUGUAAUGAAGUUGUGUCUGAUGAACGACGAUUAGGUUUCAGUCAAGUUGAAGCCGAACAAUGGACAGCGAAAGAUAAAUGUUUUGUUGGUAAUCGUGUAUGGUUUGUUAAUCUCCGUGAUCGUGCACGCAUCGUCGAAGCUUUUACUGCUCUUAUGAAAGAAUUGUAUAAACCACAAAGUAAAUCGAGUUUUACGCUCGGCGGGAAGAAAGGGAAAACAAGCAUGACGAGCAAUACAACAACAAAUGCAUCGAUCGAGUCACAACUGGAUUGUGCACUCGAUUUAAUGAGACGUUUACCACCACAACAAGUGGAAAAAAAUCUUUCAGAUCUUAUUGAUCUUGUGCCCGAUUUAACUGAGGAACUUUUAGCCGCUGUUGAUCAACCACUUAAAGUUGUUCGUGAUCGAGCCGUUGGAAAAGAUUAUUUACUCUGUGAUUAUAAUCGUGAUGGCGAUUCAUAUCGAUCACCAUGGACAAAUACUUAUACACCAGCAUUUGAUGGAAAUCUUCCAUCGGAUCGUCUUCGUCAACUUGAAGUAGAAGCAAAUCAAGCAUUUGAACAAUAUCGUGAAAUGUAUUUUGAAGGAGGUGUUUCCUCAGUUUAUUUUUGGGACCUUGAAAAUGGUUUUGCUGGUGUUAUACUAAUAAAAAAAGUGGGUGAUGGAAGUAAAAAAAUUAAAGGUUGUUGGGAUUCAAUUCAUGUUGUUGAAGUACAAGAAAAACAAAGUGGUCGUUCAGCACAUUAUAAAUUAACAUCGACAGUCAUGCUUUGGUUGCAAACACAUAAAACAAUGUCAGGUAUGAUGAAUUUAGGUGGAAGUUUAACACGACAACUUGAAUCGGAUCAUCAAAUAACGGAUUUCUCUCAACAUAUUAUUAAUAUUGGUAAAAUGGUUGAAGAAAUGGAAAAUAAAAUUCGACAAACAUUAAAUUCGAUUUAUUUUGGAAAAACAAAAGAUAUAUUGAAUAGUUUACGUAAUUCGGAAAAUUUUCAAGGUCGAGUUCGUUUACAACAAGCGAAUUUUACAGGUGAAUUACAAUCAGCACUUAAUCGUACACGACCAGUUGAAUAA